CCGGAAGCGACGUAAGGCGGCUGCCAGGCGGUGGAGAGCGCACCCGUUGAGGCGUCUCUGUCUCCCUCUCUCUCCCUCUCUCUCUCUCUUUCUCUUCUCGGCCCCGGCUUUGCUCCGCCGCCGUCCCCGCUCCUCAGCCAUGUCGGCGCCCGGAGGAGGAGCCGGCGGAGAAUUCGGCAACCCGCUGCGCAAGUUCAAGCUGGUUUUCCUCGGCGAGCAAAGCGUUGGAAAGACCUCCUUAAUCACUAGAUUUAUGUAUGACAGUUUUGACAACACUUAUCAGGCCACCAUCGGAAUUGAUUUCCUUUCAAAGACUAUGUAUUUAGAAGACCGCACGCAGGUCCGACUUCAACUUUGGGACACAGCAGGCCAGGAACGAUUCCGUAGCCUCAUUCCCAGCUACAUACGUGACUCAACUAUUGCCGUGGUAGUCUAUGAUAUUACAAAUCUGAAUUCCUUCCAGCAAACCUCCAAAUGGAUCGAUGAUGUGCGAACAGAAAGAGGAAGUGAUGUCAUCAUCAUGCUGGUGGGCAAUAAAACUGACCUUGCAGAUAAAAGGCAGAUUACUACAGAAGAAGGUGAACAGAGAGCCAAAGAACUAAGCGUGAUGUUCAUUGAGACUAGCGCGAAGACGGGCUACAACGUGAAGCAGCUUUUCCGCCGUGUUGCUGCUGCCUUACCUGGGAUGGAUAACGCUCCCGAGAAGAGCAAAGAUGACAUGAUUGACAUCAAACUAGAGAAACCUCCUGAGCAGCCCGUGACGGAGAAUGGCUGUUCUUGUUAAAUGUUCUCCAGCGUGGAACCCUCCCCCCUUCCCAGUUAGCCAGUUCAGUCUCUCACCGAAGAGCUCCACUUCUUACUGACUACCAAAACACGACUUUUACCAUGGGCCGGAAGGCCACUUUAUAAUAGGCGAUUGGAGUCAUCUUGUCUCCUCCCCCCUCCCCCUCCUCCUCCCGCGUCGUGUGGACAAGCCCCAGUUGCUCCCGUUUACUGCAUGGUGUGAACCCUCCAAUGCCUCUUGCCCUUCGUUGGUUGUUGCACUUUGGUGCUGCUGUCGCACUCUUUUUUGCUCGGUUUUUCCUUGCUGGGUCGUCCUAUGAAUGUGCAAGGGAGGAACUUUGUCCAUCUUAAAAAAAAAA